AAAGUCGCGUGCCUGCGGUGGAGCCCACGGAGAGCUGGGACUCCGGAGGGAGAAGACUACAGCCCCCAGAACCCCUUGCGGCGCCUCCUCCCUGGGGGCCAGUCUCCUAGGCAACCUGGGGUAAACAAGAUGGCGACCUCCGGGGGCGAUCCCCCGAGGCCGAGGCCUACCUCUCUCCAGGGAGGCGUGAACGUUUCUAGAAGCGGAGCCCAAGCGAUACUGUUUCGCUCGGAUAAAGAUCGCUGGGCGUCAUUUCCCAUGGGGCAGCGAUCGAAAGGCACUUACCGGGAGUCCUCCUCCUACCUGCUCCAGCACCUCAUUCGCCGCUUCCAGGGCUCGGAAGCCGACCAAGAGGAGUUCGAGGACGAGGGCGAGGGCGAAAUGGAAUCCGAGGAGUCCGAGGAGUCCGAAGUGCCGAAUUUGGAGGAGGAAUUCGAUGGGGUCCUGAGAGAGGAGGUCGUGGCCGAGGCGCUCUACCAGUUGGGGCGCUCGGGUCCUGGGACUGAGCAGGUCUACCUCAAUCUGACUUUAUCGAGUCGUGACUUAAUUGACAUCAGCAUCCUCUGUGGAUAUGUUCACCUACAGAAGUUGGAUCUUUCCGUCAAUAAAAUCGAAGAUUUGUCUUGUGUGAGCUAUAUGCCUUAUCUUCUAGAACUUAAUGCUUCUCAGAAUAAACUGACUACAUUCUUCGAUUUCAAGCCACCCAAAAACCUCAAGAAGGUGGAUUUUUCCUGCAACAACAUUUCUAAAAUGUGUGAUUUGUCGGCAUACCAGGCUCUCACGAAACUCAUUCUGGACAGCAACGAGAUAGAAGAAAUCAGCGGAUUGGAGCUGUGCAGCAAUCUCACUCACCUCAGCCUGGCCCAGAACAAGAUCACAGCCAUCAACGGCCUGGGCACGCUGCCCAUCAAAAUACUCUGCCUGAGCCAUAACCAGAUUGAGAAGAUCACGGGUUUGGACGAACUGAAAGUCCUGCAGAUCGUGGACCUGUCCCACAAUCAGAUCAGCAGCCUCCAGGGCCUAGAGAAUCACGACUUCCUGGAAGUGAUCAACCUGGAGAGUAACAAGAUCGCUGAGCUGGGCGAGAUAGAAUACAUUGAAAACCUGCCUCUCCUUCGAGUCCUCAAUCUUCUGAACAAUCCAGUGCAGGAAAAAUGUGAAUAUUGGUUAUUCGUCAUUUUUAUGCUACUGCGGUUAACAGAAUUAGAUCAGAAGAAGAUUAAAGUGGAAGAAAAGGUUGCGGCAAUGAAUAAAUACAACCCUCCCCCAGAAGUGGUCGCAGCCCAGGAUCACCUGACCAAUGUUUUCAACAGCGUCCUGCAGCCGCAGAGGAUCUUUGACAGCACCCUGCCCAGCCUGGACGCCCCUUACCCCAUGCUGGUCCUGGCCGGCCCUCAGGCCUGCGGCAAACGGGAGCUGGCCCACCGCCUCUGCCGACAGCUGAGCGCUUACUUCCGAUACGGGGCCUGUCACACCACGAGACCCCCUUACUUUGGAGAAGGGGACCGGGUUGAUUACCAUUUUGUCUCCGAAGAAGUUUUUAAUGAAAUGGUAAACAUGGGGAAAUUCAUUCUAACAUUUAAUUACGGUAAUCACAGUUAUGGAUUAAGCAGGGACACCAUAGAAGGUAUUGCCAGAGAUGGUUUAGCAAGCUGUGUUCACAUGGAAAUAGAAGGUGUGAGAAGUCUGAAGCACACCUAUUUUGAGCCUCGGUAUAUCCUGGUGCUACCCAUGAACAAGAAAAAGUAUGAGGGGCACUUGCGGAGAAAGGGAUUAUUCAGUCGUAUAGAGAUUGAUUCUGCCGUCUCCAGAGUGGACUAUUAUAUUAAAAUUAAUCAGAAUUUUCCAGGAUUUUUUGAUGCAGUAAUCAAUGCAGAUGAUCUGGAUGUUUCCUACCAACAGCUGAAUCAACUCGUUAAAGAAUACCUUGGACUUGGUGAGGAAACCCCCAAGAGUUUUGCUCCAGCUGCAGAAGUCGAUAAAUCAUGGCUGAAAUUGCGAAAACCAUCUAAGAAGUCUAGUUCUUUGAAUUCGUGUGAUUUCCUGGAUUCCACAGACAGAAACUAUUUGGUGAAAUUAUCGGCCAAACUUACAACCAAAAAAACACCCGUGGAAGGGAAUUCCAUGGAGAGACAGUAUGAGGCAGCCCGGCAGGCCCUGAUGGGAAAGACGCCUCCGCAUCACACGCUCCUGUUUCAAAGGGGUUCAGUACCAGCGCCCAUGGAUAGUUUGCAUUAUUUCUCAACUUUAGAACUCCAGAAAGGCUUCGAGAUUUCUGAAGAAUAUUUUAAAACCUCCUUUGGAUUCCCCGAAAAGAGCGACAAGGAUUCCCAUGCUACCAAGAAAUAUCCUGCGUUGUUUCAGUCCUGUCCCUGGUUAAAAGAAUUGCCUUUUGAGCCUCCAGGAACAAGUGAUAUUAAGGGGGAUCUGGCCCUAAAAGGUAGGAGUCGUCUUGCAUCUGGUUCUCGUAUAGAUAGUGAGAAAGAGCAGAGGAGAAAGCGGCCCCCACAUAAACCGUCACUCCAAUAUGAAAAAGGGACUCUCCAACACAGACGACACACGGUGUCAGUCGUCAGUCGCCCGAGUUCCAACACCAAACCCACCCUUCCUCCCAUCCCUCAGGGCCGCAAGUAUACCGGCACUUGA